AUGGACGUCAGCGUGCACCUGAUUGGUCCAUUUAAUACUUUUCUUAACAGUAUGAUGGCGCACACAAAGUUAAUAUAA